AUGCUAACCCCAGGGUUUUUCCUUGAAGAGGCAGUCUUCGGGGUCGUUGUUUUCUGCCUCGCCUUGCUGGUGUGUCUUGCGGCAUCUUCUCCAGUCGAUACUGAGAUUGGAGGACUAGACGACUCCAUUGGAGGCCACAGAGACUUAUAUGGACGCGGUGGGGGAUCCUCGUAUGGGAAGUAUAUGUUGUACAAAAUCACAGGAGCAUUGAGCAAUCCAUUUUGAAUCAAUCAUUCCCUCAUCUGUCCAUUUGGAAUGAUUCUUUCCAAUGCUAUUAAUAACCUUAUGUAUUUAUUUGUAACAAAUAAUGUAGGUUAAUAAUAAAAAUAUAAAUUUAUAACUUUUAUUUAUCUUCCGUACCCAAAUAUUUGUCAUU